CAUUCCCUUUUCUGUCUUGUAGAGCAAGGCUUAGAUCACAUAGCAGAAAACAUCCUUUCCUACCUGGACGCCAGGUCUCUGUGUGCAGCAGAGCUGGUCUGUAAAGAAUGGCAGCGAGUGAUCUCGGAGGGAAUGCUGUGGAAGAAGCUGAUUGAACGCAUGGUGCGCACUGAUCCUUUAUGGAAGGGGCUGUCAGAACGGAGAGGGUGGGAUCAGUACCUGUUUAAGAACAGACCCACAGAUGGCCCUCCCAACUCAUUUUAUAGGUCCUUAUACCCAAAGAUUAUCCAGGACAUAGAGACUAUAGAAUCUAACUGGCGGUGUGGACGACACAACUUGCAGAGGAUCCAGUGCCGCUCCGAGAACAGUAAAGGCGUCUACUGUUUACAGUACGACGAUGAAAAAAUUAUCAGUGGCCUGCGAGAUAACUCUAUUAAGAUUUGGGAUAAAACCAGCCUGGAAUGUCUGAAAGUGCUAACAGGACACACAGGCUCUGUUCUCUGUCUUCAGUAUGACGAACGUGUCAUUGUAACGGGCUCUUCAGAUUCCACAGUGAGAGUCUGGGAUGUGAACACGGGUGAAGUUCUUAACACGCUGAUCCACCACAACGAGGCCGUGUUGCAUUUACGCUUUAGCAAUGGGCUGAUGGUCACCUGUUCCAAGGAUCGUUCCAUUGCUGUGUGGGACAUGGCUUCUGCCACCGAUAUCACUUUACGCCGUGUCCUGGUUGGCCACCGUGCUGCUGUCAACGUAGUAGACUUCGAUGAUAAGUACAUCGUAUCUGCCUCUGGUGACAGGACCAUCAAAGUCUGGAGCACAAGUACCUGUGAAUUUGUUCGAACUCUCAAUGGGCACAAGCGAGGCAUUGCCUGUCUCCAGUACCGGGACCGGCUUGUUGUCAGUGGAUCCUCGGAUAACACCAUUAGGCUGUGGGAUAUUGAAUGUGGCGCCUGUUUGAGAGUCCUGGAGGGGCACGAAGAGCUGGUGCGGUGCAUCCGCUUUGAUAACAAGAGGAUCGUCAGUGGGGCCUAUGACGGGAAAAUUAAAGUUUGGGACUUGCAAGCUGCCCUCGACCCUCGCGCCCCAGCCAGCACCUUGUGUCUGCGCACGUUGGUGGAACAUUCUGGACGUGUGUUUCGGCUACAGUUUGAUGAGUUUCAGAUCAUCAGCAGCUCCCACGAUGACACUAUUUUGAUUUGGGAUUUCUUAAAUGUGCCUCCCAGUGCCCAGAAUGAGACCCGUUCUCCCUCCCGAACAUACACCUACAUCUCCAGAUAACAGUCUGCACUUGCACCCGUUCCAGGGUUUCCUAGUCUUGAACUACUGGCUACAUGGCAACCAGAUGCCUACGGGAGUUCAUUCACAGCUGAGUUACGAAGCUGGGAUUGGUUCUAGACGCUGGGUAGAUGCAAAGCAGCCUAACUCCUCAAGUACCGACAUUUCUCACCUCUGAUUCCGGCUCUACUUUGAGAAGGAUACCUUAGCUUCACUGACUUCGAGUAGAACAGAAGCCCACUUCCUUCCCCCAUCAGUGAAAAAAUCUAAUGCUUCAAGUGUAAAUUGUUCAUAGAAAAGGAGCGCAGUCUGUUUUACAGAAGUAAAUCCACCGUCAAGAGAAGACUUGGCCUCUAAUUUAUAUUGCUUUGCACUUUGGUCUGAUAUUAAGAAACAGCAUUCUUCUUCAGUGAAAUUUUGGGUGCCAAACACCUACCCAGAAUGUCCAGGGCCUUUCUUUUCAGAAGUUAGCAUUCUCCUUUUGACCGUCCAAGUCAUUAUGAAUUCUGACUUGUAUUAGAAACAUGUUGGACAAUGGAGAAGUCCCUCUGGAUUGUUAUAGUAAUAUUUUUUGGAUUACAUUUUCUUUCUGUACCAACUUCUUUUAAUUUAAAGAACGAUAAGCCAGUUAUAGUCUCUUCCAACAGGUAAUACCGCUCUUUUCUUUUACUCACUGUUCUCUGUCCCGCAGCCAUCUCCUGAUCCUUGGUAGAGGACACCUUUGUACGUGUGCUUGCCUCCUAAUUUAAAAUACUGUAUCCGCAUGUAGAUAUAAUGUACAUAACAGUUGAACCUCAAGGUUGUUGGCGUCAGGGCCCUCUGUGCCUGAGACACUAAUAGAGUGUGUUCGCACUUGGCCACGGGCUGGGCCCAAGGACCUGAUACCAGGGUUGAUGUGGAUGGCCUAGAACCCUUCCUGCAGUAUUCACAUGUAUUUUUAUUUUGUCGUCAUUGUGUGUGUGCACGCAUGCGUGCGCCGUGUGUGUUUUUAAUGGGGAUCUUGUUUUAAAAUGUAAUUUCUAAAGCUUCACACAAAAUGUUGUGUUUGUUGUGCAGUAUGUACAAUAGGGAGGUACUCGAACAUUUUUUUUGUUAUUGUUGUUUUCCUUCUAAGUACUCCUGAGUACUAGUGGUCAGUCCCCUAGUGUUCAUUUGGCUUCACUGUCAAACAUCGUUUUCCUGUGCAGUAGUGACCCCAGGAAGGGAGAAAAGAAGGCCCUCCUCACCACGUCUCGGGCUCCCGAACCCGCGCAUCCUGGCCCUGGCGGGGUGUCAGCAGGGCCUGCAGAGCAGGUCGGACUGGCUCCGAGGCCCCUGGUGAAGAGAAGACACUCCCACCGGGUGCGAGUCCUCGAGUCCGUGAUCUGAUCCCGCUUGUCUCUGGUGUCCCCCGCUGCCGUGGCCCCAGCAGGGUCUCAGAGUCCCUGAGUGCUCGGAGCCCGAAUGUGUGAAUGUCACCGUUGCACUGACCACGUGUGGCGAGGACUUGGGCAUCCACGGUCAGCACUCCUGCUCCCGUGUCUAAUGGUAGAUUUUGAUUUGCCCCCUGCCAUUGUUUCCAAAGAUCAAGGAAUGUCAGUACCAUUUUGAAGGACCAAUAGACGACCUCCUGUGCGUUACCCUCGCUGGGAGCACACGCGACUACUCAAGGGACGCUCCCUGGCUGUCUUGUCCUCUGCAUCGAGAACAGUGUGGGGAUCAAUGUGUGUGUGUGUGAUUCGUUUAAUGGGUUGACUUUGCUUUUUAGGUUUUCUUUUUCCUUUUUAAAAAAUAUAUCCUUCCCUCCCACAUGUUACUAAAUUAAUUUCUGGUUUUGAGAGGUCGAGCCUCAAAGUGUAAAAAGUCAGUCUCCGUUCGUAAGAUGGGUGCUGUAAGCCUGGCAGUGGUUGUGAAAGCGCUCCGACUUUGACCACUCUUCCUCUUACAGUUCCACUACCAGAUUGGUUAGGAAAGCCCGGGGGAGGGGGGAAGGAGGAGGCCGUUCUUCUGAAUGAAUGAGUUUUUUGUUGUUUUGCAUGUUUAAUAUAGAAGUCCCUGUUCCUUGGGAGGUCAUGGCCUUUGAAUAUGCACACGACCUUUGAAUUGUGCCUACUGAAUUAGAGCAGGGGCCUUUGGCACCCAAGGAGUUCUGACUCUCUGGGAUCAUAGUAGGGAUUCCCAGCUGUACUCCGGACUUUAUUUUGCUAACCAUACUGAGCAACUGUAAAUUACUGCUAUAUUCAUGUUUUAAAGCACUGGGAUAGUCUAACUUGUAAUUAAUUAUGUUUGCCAAUUACCUGUUUGAAAUAAAUUUGUGUCUGAACAGCUAUUGAAACUGUUAAAUUGUACAGAUAUUAUUCAUGACAGCUUUGUACUGUGGAAUGUGCUUAAUAAAAAACAAAAAGUUUGACCUUUGUCCAAUAAAUUGCUAAGUAAUGUCAAUAAAUCAAGUGUGAGUAUUAUGCAGUACCCCUAACCUGGCUUCAUGCGAUUGUUACUUCAGCUACUGAUUCAAAGCCAAUACUCUUAAUAAAGUGUUGCAAUACUCUGA